AUGAGUCUGGACUCUAGACCGCCUGAUUUUCUCUCCAUGACACGCGGCCAACUCCAAAUCGUAUUGGAAAAACAAAUUUCGCUGAAAAACUGUGUUUCGUCGAAACUGCCGGAUGCUGGCAAGAAGCUCGAGGAAUCAAUCGCCCGUGUGAAAUCAAUCCUUGAGUCUCAAGUUUAUCAGCUCCCUUUGCCAAUACAAUCAACACGAACCCGUAAUUGCAAUCUUAGUUGUGCAGCAGCACCCUCCCCCUUGAACGACAUGGGGAGUAAAAGGGAGGUUGACGAUAAUGAAGACGUUGACGAUCUUAUCAGUGGCCUUGUCUCCCUCAAUCUCAGUCCUGCAAAGAAUGAUGACGCAGAGUGUGAAAUAGAUGAAGACCUGUCGAAACUCCCAGAAAGUCCUCUUACCUCUGAGGAGCUCAGUGACCUUCAACGUCUGUGCAAUCUGCCUCGUUUUAAAAAAGAAAACGCCUCAUACCAUGCCUUUCUCUUCCAGUUGAAAACGUCUAGUUCUGGUCUCGUCCGUCUUACAGUUAUUGACUGUCGAAAUUCGGAGAAUCACUUCAUUAGACAUGGAGUGAUUCCCACGUGGGCAAUUGAAGACGACCCUGUACCACAUCAUGUGUCAGUGCCAUGCGACACAGUCACUACCUCACCUGGCCUGGCGGUGGCUGAGAUGUGGCGAUUCAUUCGACAGGGGUCGGCAGAAGACGAGUUGGUACUUGUUGCCGAUUGCGUGGGGAGUUUAACUCGAUUGCGACGGCUCUUUUGUUGUCCUAGUGUUCGUCACAAUACAGGAGCAAGGAAUGCACUCCCGAGGAAUAUCCGCUUUAUUGUGGACAGUGGUGCUAUUUCUGGGGGGAAGAUAUAUGGGUCGGAGGAGCAGCUGGCAGAGAGCAGUAUAAGCGCCAGCCUGGUGGCGCGCACUUUGCACUAUGCGAAGUUGGAUGCAGCGACCUUGGCUAAGCUGCGACCCAAAACCGUUGCGUGGAUUGAGGCGCCUCUAAAUUUGCACGCCCUUUAUGCUAUCGCCGAAAUGCCACGUGGUCCCGUGGUCUGUCAUCCACCCUACGUAGCAUCUCCCAUUCCCUCCAACAGUAGCCAACAGGCUAUGCCAGAAUCCCGUCCUAUGCUCAACUCCAUGAACAAGUCCCUCUUAAUCCGAUUGGCUGCUACCGGUUUCAACCCCUCCUCCUUGGCUUUACUCGCCGGGAAAGCGCAGUGGCGCGGCUUUGCAGGUCUCCUUGCAGCCUCUCACGUAUCUCAGUGUCCAGACGAUCUUGCCAACCUCUAUUGCCUUUGCAAGCGUGUGUACCGUGGUCUGGCGUUAAACACCGACUUGUAUCGUGAAGACGCUUCAAAGCCGUCAUAUUCCCCUCUCUGGAGUUCCCCAUUAAGACAGUUGAAGACACUUUCGAUGGAAGAGUCCUUGAAGGUCAUGACGCGAGUUCGCGACGAGAUAAAGAAAGGUACAAUGGUGGAGGCCAGGUCAGGUUUACCGCCUGCAUCAGCGCUACUAUUGAAAUAUCGUGAACAGCAGGCAGAAGAGUCAGAUGAUACACUAUGUGCAGACAGCGAUGAUGAUUGA